CUCCCAGGGAACUGUGCCGACAUAUGGCUAACAGCACGCUAACCACACUGAGCCCUGGCCAAUCUCCCUUUGUGGAUCAAGGCCAAUGGACGAGGAGGAAGAAGAAGGAGGGGCAGGAGUUGCGCACAUCGUCAUCGGCAAACCGCACAGUCGGUUCGAAUCAAAAGAGGCUCGCGCGCGGCUUCCGAAGCAUAUCGAAGAUGGAGAACGAAGAGACAACCUUAGUGGGUAUCCGGGGCAGCAACCAAGCCGUGGAUGUGGGCGACCCGUUCAUCAACAGCGCCUUGGUGCACACCGCCAGUGCCUGCCUCAUUUUCUUCGUUGUGUUCAUCUUCGUCCUUCCAGGCAUCCUGCUCACCACCAUGCGCAAGGAGACCUUCGUGGAGACCGACAACCGCCCGUCUGUCCGCGUAGCCAAAGAAGUCGCCGAGCAAAAGGGUCGCGAUCGCCCAAUUAUCGUGUGUCUCAUCAACAGGACGAGUUACGACAGAGAACCCCCUAUGAGGUACGAGCCCAAUCAAGUCCCCUUACAGUGGUGCUCGUACGUCGUCUACCCUCUGACGGGUGCUGCUGAUUGGACGGAAGACAUGCUCAGUUUCGACUACACACACAAGAUGACGCAUCCCAACCUCUAUAAAGACCUGGUGCUCCUCAAGAAGACCAGGCCCAGCGUUAAAAUUCUUUUGUCUGUUGGAGAGAUGACCUCCAGCAGUCAACUCUUCAGCUAUGCGUCGCAGUCCAUGUACAGCACCAUACGCUUCUGCAGCGCUGUAGUGCGUUGGACACUAGGCAAUGGUUUCGAUGGUUUGCUCAUACACAAUUUAUUCCCGUCCGAACCCGAUGCCAACACACACAAGAUAGUUAUCCUUCUCCAAAAGCUGUGGGUGAACUUCGAGCGACGCGGGCUCACACUUGCCGUCGUCUUUGAACCCGACUCUGAUGUUUUCAAGCAUGAAAUGGUUGGCGGAAGGCUAGCGUCGUACCUGGAUCUGGCCAUCGUAGUUUCCCACGGCUUUCGAAGUGAGCUCGUGGCGGACUUCUCAAGUCCCAUGCACCGUGCUCCUUCCAACCAGACUUUCAGCUUCCGUUCUGCCAUCGCUAAAGCGUUGCAGAGCGGCGUACCCCGUCAUAAACUCGUCGCCACCGUGUCCUUUGACGGCAACACGUACACGCUAGAAGACUCGGCAAACCACGAUCCAGGAGCAUUCGUUCAAGCCGGAAGGAGCCUGGGAUCUCCUGGACGCUACACGAAAACGUCGGGAAUGCUGUCCUACUUUGAGAUCUGUCAGAUGUUGAUGAAGGGCAACUUAAGCCACUCUUGGGAUAUCCUCGCUGGCUGUCCUUACGCUUAUGCCGACGACCAGUGGGUUGGGUACGAAGACGAAGAAAGUCUGGCACUCAAGGCGAACCAUGUGCUCAACGAGUCCUUAGCCGGUGUCGUCGUCUGGGAUGUAACGAGUGACGAUUACUUGGGUCACUGCGGUGACCCACACGUGUUGAUCAAGACGCUGUACCAACAGUUUAACAAAAACAUGUCUAUCGUCUAGGUAGAGCGAAACAUUGUAAAUAGUAUCGCUGACGACGACUUUUAUGAGAUAUGUUAUCUUUGUUAUCUUUCGCAAAUCAAACUGAUGCUGUAGUA